AUGUCUGAUUACUUUAGUUCCAGACCUUUGCAAACGCUCACGCCGAUGGCCAAUAAGCCCUCUGGCGGUGGUGGCGAUGAUGCCUCCUCCAUCCAUUCAAAGAGCUCACAGUACUUGAUGGAUAUCUUACCUGAUUCGAUGACCUUAAACGAAAGUGUUUCCUCGACAGUGGCCAAUAAUCAGGCAAAGGAGUUUAUUUUGCCUGAAACAGAUGAGAGAUCUCCCUACUUCAUCAAUGUCCCCGUACCCAAGGCCCAACCAACUUCUAAUUCGGAAACGAAGAAGCCCCUUUCAGGCGACGAAGCUAUCGAUGGGCAGUUUGUUAAGGAGUAUCCCACUGAUGUCCUUGUAGACAGGUUUUAUAAAUGGAAAAAAAUUCUGAAAGGUUUGGUAAUUUACUUAAGGGAAGUCGCAUAUGCUCAAGAACAGUUUGCACGGAUCAAUUAUCAAUUGAAAGGGUCUGUAAAAUUUCCUUUUUUAACUGAUAUUGAUGAAACCACAAAUACCAUCACAGAUCCAUUCACAACGGCUCCUAGAGGGCCUAAGAAACCACAGCCAACGCAGAAGAAAGUGGGCCUAACUGAUAGUGAACAAUUCCAAAUGCAAAUGCAACAGGAACAGCAGGACAACGCAAUGCAUGCCCCCACAGAUGAAAGUAAGAUGAGCUUGGCGCCUCACGAAUACAAGCCCGUCCAGACCGCAGAGUCGGACAAUACGUCUGCCGCCUCUGGUUUUGUUAAAUUUGGUUCAGGCUCUAUUCAAGACAUCCAGGUUAUUUUAAAGAAAUACCAUCUUUCGCUGGCCAAUCAACAGUUUAAAAUUUCCAAAGAGAUUACGUCCACUGUUAUCCCUAAAUUAGAGGAACUAAGGAAGGAUUUAAGAUAUAAGAUUACAGAGAUCAAGGACCUUCACGGUGAUUUUAAAACAAACAUCGGAGCACAUAUCCAGCUAACAAGUCAACUAUUAAAAAAAUACAUCGCGGCUGUAAAGUUUAUGAACGCGCAUGGUAUUGGGAAUGAUAAACCCUCUCCAACAAAUAAGAAGCCGCAUAAAUUGGAUCCUAAACAUGACCCAUAUCUUUUGAAACUGCAACUAGACUUGCAACUUAAGCGUCAAGUCGCAGAAGAAACUUAUUUGCAGGAAGCGUUCAUCAAUUUACAGACUUCAGGUUUACAAUUAGAAAAAAUUAUAUACACCAAGAUCCAACAUGCUUUAUUACGUUAUUCUGCUUUGAUUGAUUCCGAAGCUCGUCUAAUGAUCAAAAAUAUGUGCCAAGAAUUACAACAUGGUAUAAUAUCAAAGCCCCCUGCAUUUGAAUGGGAUAAUUUUGUCAGCCAGCACCCUUUGUGUCUACUCAAUUGGAAAUCUAAUGACCCUAUACCUCCUCCAAGAAAAGUUUCCGACGUUGUUUAUCCCCACAUGAAAUCCCCGCUGGCCAAAUGUAUUAAGGCAGGUUAUUUCUUGAAGAAGUCGGAAUUGCUGCCCACUUACCACCAAGGGUAUUUUGUUCUAACUUCAAACUAUAUCCAUGAAUUUCAGAGUAGCGAUUUUUAUAACCUAUCAUCUUCUACUCCAAAUUCCACUAAAUCCUCAGCUUAUUCUUCUUCCGCUUCAAUUGCGGACACUUAUGCCAGCGUUAAUAACGGCAAAGCUAACAAUCACCAUCGCCAGGCUAGCGAUGCACACAACAACAAUGCUACAACUGGUGGUACAGCUGGUGUAAAUGGGAUGCGUGGUAUUCGUAAAAAGAGUUAUUUGGCACCAAUUAUGAGUAUUCCGCUAAAUGAUUGUACGCUGAAGGAUGCAUCUUCUACCAAAUUCGUGCUUGUAGGGAAACCCACUCUCAAUGAAAAUGCUGAUGUCAGGAAAUCCAGCUCUAGCACUUAUCUGUCUGGUUCUUCACAAACGUCUCUACCAAAGUAUGGCCACGAGACUGCAAAGAUAUUUUCAAAAGCCCCGUUCCACAAGUUUUUGAAGGGAAGUAAGCCAAAAAACAAGAAUGCUAAGCCAAGUGAAUUGGACCAAUUCUACGCCGCAGCUCAAAAGGAAUCGAACAAUUACGUGACUUGGACCUUCAAAAUAGUAUCCCCAGAGCCUUCUGAAGAGGAAUUGAAACAUUUCAAGCGUUGGGUCCAAGAUUUGAAAAAUUUAACUAGCUUCAAUGAUACUAAAGACAGAAUCAAAUUUAUUGAAGACCGUGUGGUGAAAUCACACCGAUUCAAGGCAGGACAUAUCUCAAGGAACAGCAUGAAUAUAGGCUCUCAUACACCUUGUUUAACGGAUAGCACAUUCACGUUGCAAGAUGGUACUACGACAUCCCUCAAUUUAAAGGGCAGGGCAGACAAACCCCAGUAUAUUCAUAUUCAGAACAAUUCACUGGCAGAUUUUGAUGGAAAUGGUUUUAGAUCCAAGGUUAAUACACCUGCCAUUGACGAUUAUGGCAAUUUGAUUACGGUGGAAAGAAGACCUGCGCAAUCUCCGCACCAAUAUUCUGACUAUAUAGUCACUUCAGGUAAUACAACUCCCUCCUAUUCAUCAGGCUCAAGACCCCAGAGCAUGUAUAAUGGGUAUAACCCAGCAGUAUCAAUAACGAGCAAUGGAAUGAUGCUCCAACAGUCGACAGUAAACAGUAACAAUAAUCCGAUAACUAAUCUGCGCCACCAAAGGAAUAUUUCGCAAACAAGCUCUCUACCUGGAUUUUCAUACACAUCACCAUCAUUGCCGGUGAAUUCCCCGGGUAGUUCUAAUUCAGAAUCCAGCUCAGGCGGUUAUUUUGCCAUUCCGCUUCAUGGGAAUAGCAGCAACAAUAAUUACACGCAAAGGAACUCUGAAGGCUCUAGCCCAUGUUACAACGAUGACCAAAUACGACAACAGCAGCAACCUCAGCAAAUGCAAUCUUUAUCAAGAACUUCAAGUUCAAGUAUUAAUGUCACAGGGAUGAGAAGUACAUCUGCAGGCAAUCCAGUUACUGCGAACGCUCCCGUUGUGCCUAAGGUGAUGGUUAAUAACCAAAAUGUUAAAACUGUCGCUGCUGAUCAGUCUGUUACAGCAUCUUCUUCACCUACAAUGAACUCCCCCGUCACAACGAACAACCGCGAAUCACCAUAUCAAACUUUGAAGAAAACGAACAGCACAGGCAAUGUUCCUUGUUUGACUACGGAAAAAACACAUGCGCACCCUGCUUUCUAUAAACGAGGCAAUAAUAGUGCUCAGAAUUUGACCACCUCCAGUCCAACAGCUUCUAGAGUGCAUCCUAUUCGAAAGCACAAAAAAAACGUAUCAUUCAGUUCUUUGAAUAGCCUGAUGUUUUCAAAAAAAGGUGCAAAUCAUGGUGGUAAUUUAAUGACCAAUCAAUUUAUGAGUGGUGGAAUUCAGGAAGAUGAUGAUGAUUCAGCUAAUAAUGAUACCAUAAAACUAAACCAGUCGAUCUAUUCUUAA